AUGGGGAAAGCUUUUAACGUCUGCCUUGCGGCAUUCGCCGCUACCGGGUCGUUUUUAUUCGGCUACGACUCGGGCGUGAUGACCGAUGUUAUUGCGUCCCCUGACUUCCUCGAGUUUUUCGACACCGACACCGGAAGCCCGAUUAUUGGAGCCAUCAACAGUACAUUCUCGGGGGGUGCCGUUUUCGGUUCGUUGAUGGGCGGUCUCACAAUGGACAGGUUCGGCCGCAGGAAAACGAUUAUGAUUGGAGCAAUGAUUGCUCUUAUCGGCGCCAUUCUCCAGUCUGCCGCCCAAAAUCUCGCUAUGAUCCUCGUUGGCCGUAUCGUAGCUGGCUGGGCGGUCGGCCUGCUGAGCAUGUCGGUCCCGGUGUAUCAAUCAGAAUGUGCCCACCCAAAAAUCAGGGGUUUGCUGGUUGGGAUUUCACAGCAAAUGAUCGGAGUGGGCUUCAUCGUCUCUACUUGGGUCGGUUAUGGGUCUUCGUAUGCUCACGGAGAACUGGCACAGUUCCAAUGGAGAUUCCCACUCGCCUUCCAAGCUGCACCUGCUCUACUUCUUGUCUGCGGCAUCAUGUUCUUUCCGGAAUCUCCACGCCAUCUUAUGGAGAUAGACUGCGAGGAAGAGGCAAAACGAGUUCUCUGGAAAUUGCACUCCGACGGCACCAACGAUGAGUGGAUUCAGCAAGAGUUUCACGAGAUCAAAACCACCAUUGCCGCCGAGAAGGCAAUCACUGUGCCUGGAUGGAGGAUUAUGUUUACCGUUCCGCAGUGGCGAACACGCCUCAUGCAUGGCGUGGCUGUCCAAGUUUUCACUCAGUUCACUGGGAUUAACGUAAUUGGAUACUAUCAAACUCAGAUGUACGGCGCUCUCGGGAUAACAGGGAAUCGGGCUCUGUUGGUGGCGGGCAUAUACAACUGUAUGGGCCCGCUCGCCAAUUUGAUCUUCAUCGUCUUCAUGAUUGACCGUGUUGGGCGCCGCCGGCCUCUCAUAUGGGGCACUGUUGCGAUAGCCAUCGCCUUGAUCUGCGAGUCGGCCGUCAACAGCCGGAUUGACCGGAACAAUCCAGACCACGGGCUAUCUAUCGCUGGUGUCUUCUUCAUCUUCUGCGUCACCGUCAUCUUUUCCUGGUCCUGGGGCCCGAUUUCGUGGGUAUACAUGUCGGAAGUGAUGCCUCUGUCGAUUCGGGCCCGCGGAAAUGCAUUUGCCACUGGUAUCGGCAACUGGCUCGUGUCAACUUUCUGGUCGCAAUUGUCCCCUAUGGCGCUCAAGGCGCUGGAUUGGAAGUUCUACUUCCUUUUUGUAGCCUGGGAUAUUGUCAUCACAAUUCCCAUUGUUUUCUUCUUUUUCAAGGAGACGAAGCAAUUGUCUUUGGAGGAGAUUGAUCUGUUGUUUGGCGAGAGGUCAUUGGGCGCCCUACCGAAGGACCUCGACAAAGGGGAACUUGCUCAGCCGGUGAAGCAGGAGGCGGAAAACCCCAUUUGA